UGCCUUAAACUUAAGUACCUUUUCUAUUUUUAUUUUUAAUUGUUGAUUAAUAUUUUAACAAUUUUCUUUUUCUUUUUUCUUUUUUGGGUAAAUUUUGUACAGAGGAUAGACCUCAUAGGGAUAAUGGCCUCUUCUAGCAGACAUUUCUCCCACCGUAUUCUUUCUCUAUUUUCUUUUAAAUUUUUCUUUAUUGGCUUCUUUCUUCCAAUUUUCUUUCUUAAAGGUCCAUGAAUCAACUCUUGUUAGCUCCUUUUCCUUUUCCCUCCUCAAACUGCUUCAUCCACUACUGUUUCGAGCCAUAUUGUUUUACCUCCUGUGCAAAGAUCAUAACAGUUCAGUUUAGCUUAGCUUAGUUUGGUUUGGUUUUCUCAAGUCAGUCAAAUCUCUAAAACCUCAACUCAAACACCCACACGCUUGAAUUCUCCUCCUUGUUUUGCUUUCAAAUUCAAGGCCUCUCACUCAUUCACUCUCUCUUGUAUGCUAGAUUUCUUGUCAGAUUCUUUGUCUGUGAUUUUGAUUAGUAAAACUUGGGAAUCUUUGUUUGUCCCUUUGGCCCAUUCCUUGUUCUGGGUUUUGGUUGGUAGUUAACAGGAUAAUAUUAAAUUCUGCUUGGAAUUUGAAACCAGAAUCUUUGGGAUUCUUUGAUUCUAAGCUCUAACUUGUGAUUGUCUUGUUAAUAUUGGGGUUUUCUCAUACAUUUUCCCAAGUUGGUGUUAUUUUGGGUGGAUGGAUAAGAUAGCAUCUUUGUUAUAGUGAAUUUUGGGGGUGGUGUUAACUGGGGGCUUUGUUAUUAUCCUCAUUUCUUCUUCUUCUUCCUCCUCUGCCUCAAAGGUUUGAUUUUCUUCUUCUUCCCUUAAUUGUGUUGUAGCAGACAUUUCUCUGUAGAUUUGAUAGUGGGUCUCUCUCUUAUCUCUGACUCUAACUCUCACGCACACGCACGCGCGGGCACCCACAUCAGAUUACUACCUGGAAUUAGCAAAGAGGUGAGACCCACUUCGAAAUUGGUACUGUGACUUGUUUAACUUGUGUUGGUUACUGCUGUGGAUGAGUUUGCUUCUUCAUGUAUUUGGGUUUGGUUUAAAGGUGGGUCAUCUUCUUUGGGUGAUAUGUUGCUGGAUUAUAUAUGUGAUUUCCAUGAAUUGGUUCCUUAAUAGUGGAAUUGUAGACACCAAGACUGGCUUGCUUGGUGAUGGUGGCAAGGCAUGCCUCAAAUGGUGGGAGAAGAUCUCAGGGAGCGUUUAUAAGAUCCACCAUCACUGUUUCCAGUGUUUUGGGUCCAAAAGAGUCAGGAACAUGUGGUGGAAAAGGCUUUUGGUUGUUUGGAUACUUGGCUGGACUAUUGCAUCUUUGUGGAUCUUCUGGUACAUGUGCUCCCAAGCUACAGAGAAGAGGAAAGAAACUCUUGCAAGUAUGUGUGAUGAGAGGGCUAGAAUGUUGCAGGAUCAGUUUAAUGUGAGCAUGAACCAUGUUCAGGCUAUGUCCAUCCUCAUUUCCACCUUCCACCAUGGCAAGUACCCAUCUGCUAUUGAUCAGACAACUUUUGCAAUUUACACAGAGAGAACUGCGUUUGAAAGGCCUCUCACAAGUGGGGUGGCAUAUGCUGUAAGGGUCCUCCACUCUGAAAGGGAACAAUUCGAGAAGCAGCAAGGCUGGACUAUCAAGAAUAUGGAUACCCUCGAACAAAACCCUGUUCAUAAAGAUGAGUACGCACCAGAAAAAUUGGAGUCCGCCCCAAUUCAAGAAGAAUAUGCUCCUGUCAUCUUUGCUCAGGAUACCAUUUCACACGUGGUUUCUCUUGAUAUGCUAUCGGGAAAGGAAGAUCGUGAUAAUGUAUUGCGUGCAAGAGCAUCAGGAAAAGGGGUUCUAACUGCUCCUUUUCCGCUGAUUAAAACAAACCGCCUUGGAGUAAUAUUGACUUUUGCUGUCUACAAAAGAGACCUUCCUUCAAAUGCAACUCCAAAUGAAAGAAUUCAAGCUACUGAUGGGUAUCUUGGUGGGGUCUUUGAUAUCGAAUCACUUGUGGAGAAGUUGCUUCAUCAACUGGCUAGCAAGCAAACUAUACUUGUGAAUGUGUAUGAUACUACCAACCACUCACAACCAAUCAGUAUGUACGGUUCAAAUGUUUCAGAUGGUGGGAUGAUGCACAAUAGCCGCCUAAAUUUUGGAGAUCCUAUGAGAAAGCAUGAGAUGCACUGCAGAUUCAAGCAUAAACCACCAUGGCCAGUUUUAGCAAUAUGUACCUCCGUUGGAAUUUUGGUGAUAGCUCUGCUCAUUAGUUAUAUAUUCCAUGCAACUGUAAAUCGAAUUGCCAAAGUUGAGGAUGAUUACCAUCAGAUGAUGGAGCUCAAAAAACGAGCUGAGGCAGCUGACGUUGCCAAAUCCCAGUUCCUUGCUACUGUGUCCCAUGAGAUCAGAACCCCAAUGAAUGGUGUCCUUGGAAUGCUACAUAUGCUUAUGGAUACAGACUUGGAUAUAACUCAAAAAGAUUAUGUCCGAACUGCCCAGGCUAGUGGAAAAGCACUAGUAUCACUUAUUAAUGAGGUUUUGGAUCAAGCGAAGAUUGAAUCUGGUAAGCUUGAGCUUGAGGCAGUGCGCUUUGACCUGCGGGCAGUUCUUGAUGAUGUUUUGUCACUCUUUUCUGGGAAGUCUCAAGAAAAAGGAGUAGAGUUAGCAGUUUACAUCUCGGACCGGGUUCCCGAUAUGUUAAUUGGUGAUCCAGGAAGGUUUCGCCAAAUUCUCACAAAUCUCAUGGGAAACUCAAUCAAAUUCACAGAAAAAGGGCACAUUUUCGUCACUGUUCAUCUUGUUGAGGAGGUAAUUGGCUCGAUAGAUGUUGAGACUGAAACCUCGUCAAAGAACACUUUUAGUGGUUUUCCUGUUGCAGAUAGACGUCAAAGUUUGAGUGGAUUUAGAGAUUUUAGUCAAGAAGGAUCUAGUUUUCAUUUCCCCUCUGACCAUAUAACACUCAUUGUGUCAGUUGAAGACACAGGGGUAGGGAUUCCUUUAGAUGCCCAAUCUCGUGUUUUUACUCCUUUUAUGCAAGUUGGGCCAUCUAUCUCCCGGACACAUGGAGGAACAGGUAUUGGGUUGAGCAUAAGCAAGUGUUUGGUUGGCCUCAUGAAUGGGGAAAUUGGUUUUGCAAGCACUCCAAAGAUUGGCUCCACCUUUACAUUUACAGCUGUUUUUACCAAUGGUUGUUGCAAUACAACUGAUUAUAAGAGUCAGCAAAUCAACAACCAACCUAAUGCUGCAUUCUCAGAAUUUCAGGGGAUGAGAGCUUUAGUUGUAGAUUUCAGACCUAUCAGAGCGAAAGUUUCAAGAUACCAUAUCGAGCGACUUGGAAUUCAUGUUGAAGUAGUUUCAGAUUUAACUCAAGGUUUGUCCAUGAUAGGGAAUGGGAAAACAUUUAUCAAUAUGGUCCUUGUUGAACAUGAGAUCUGGGAUAGGGAUUCAGGGGCUCAGGCUUUUGCAAUGAAAUUUUUAAAAGAUGAUAUUGGGGUUCGUCCAAAAAUAUUCCUUCUAGCAAAUUCUAUUGGCUCUCCAAGAGCAGUUACUGGAAGUUUUGGUGUUUAUGCUCCAAUUGUCAUCAUGAAACCCCUGAGGGCAAGUAUGCUUGCUGCCUCACUCGAACGUGCAAUGGGUGUUAGUAAUAAGGCUAAUCCCCGUAAUGGAGAACGUCCCAGUUUGUCUCUUCGCACUCUUCUUAAGGGGAGAAAAAUUCUUGUUAUAGAUGACAAUGGUGUGAACCUCAAAGUGGCUGCUGGUGCUUUAAAAAGAUACGGUGCCGAUGUGGUUUGUGAGGACAGUGGAGUGAAGGCACUCAAACUACUCAAGCCACCCCACAAUUUUGAUGCAUGUUUCAUGGAUAUUCAGAUGCCAGAAAUGGAUGGGUUUGAAGCUACAAGGAGAAUCCGUGCAAUGGAAGAUGAUUUUAACAGUCGUGUUCAUCGUGGAGAUAUUGUGGAAAGUUAUGAAAAUAGAAGUUGGCAUGUGCCAAUUUUAGCCAUGACAGCAGAUGUCAUUCAGGCUACGCACGAGGAAUGCUCAAAGUGGGGAAUGGAUGGCUAUGUCUCCAAACCAUUCGAAGCUGAGCAGCUUUAUCGUGAAGUCUCACAAUUUUUCCAGUUUGCUUCUUCGAAUGGGAAUAUACAGGGAUAAAGGAUUUGUACCUGUGAGAUGCAGAAGGCAUAAGAACAAGCCAGCGCUUCAAGAAAUUCAGGAACACUUCAUAAACCCGGAUUUCUUCCCAUGAAGAUUGCUUUCUGGUGAUAGUGUACAUAAGGGUCCUGCUUGAUUGAUAGAUUGGGAUUAGAGUGUCUCUGAAUCUUUUCUACGAGCCAAAGGUCAAAGCAGAUUAUUUUUUUCCAUGUAAAGUUACUCUUCUCUCCAAGCCUUUCACUGAAGUUGGUAAUCUGGGAUUAGUUGAAUUCCAGUUCAAAACUGUUCGACGAACUUCGAAUCCAGAAUUUCUUACUUGGAAGUGACAGAAAGAAAAUACAAUGACUUGGGGUGUACCAUACAACUUAAGAGAACAAAAGAUAGAGUCAACGAAAAAAGAAGUCACCCUUUUAUCUGAAUUUAGUGUAUCUAUCUUAGAAGGAUGAUGAUUCUAUAGAGAAAGAUUCAAUUAGAGCUUUUUCAUUUUGUAGGGGAACUAAGGGGGAAAAUGCAACAUGUAUAUUUGGUUACAAUAAAGAAAAUGUAUAAAUCAUCUUUAGCAUAGGAUAGGAGUUCAAUUUCCCCUAGUCUUUUCUCCCUAAAAAAUUCCAAAACCAAAACUUUAUGUUACCUCACAAGAAUUGAUGUAACUUAUACAGUUGAUGAAAUUUGAGAUACUUUUAAUUCUUGUGUUC